ACUUGAUAUGCUGGUGAAGUGGUCGUAAACGGGGUGUUUCCUUUUAAGAAGUGUAUACAUGCGCUCGUCAUAACCGCAUGAACAUUAAUGACGUAUCCAUAUCGAUUUAUUUAUACCUGACUUUAGUCAAGCAUAUUUCAAUUCAGCUUCAUCACUCGAGGCGAAAGGAAGAGAUCGUUUCAUUAUUUUGGUGUAUUAGUAAAUAAUCACUUUAAACGCUCUGUUUUGCGAUAAUAAGAAUUCAACAUUUAUUUCACCUGUGUUUAAACGGAAAAAGAAGUAUGUGGACUUACAGUUUUUUGGUUUUAAUAUUUGUCGUCGUCGGCGUUUUAGCUGAGGAUAAGUCCGUGACUGUCGGUAAUAUAACGACAAAGGUUAAAGGUCAGUCUGGGAAAAUUGCAGUCUACAGAGGAAUGAAUGAGAGCGAUGGUAUAACGAUCACUUUCGACGCAAUUGAAGAAAUAGACACCAACGACGUCAAAAUUCAAAGCCAUUCGUACAACAACUUUGCUCAGCUUACGUUUACCUUCUCCAACCCUGAAAAUACUACUUACAUCGAUUCCAACGUUACCGUCACACAAUUUUCAUUCACGUCGAGUAUAACGAUAGACGGAACUACCGCAAUGCUGACUUCAUACGUUUUUAUAUUUACGUCGGAUGGUAAUAUUACAGUAGACGGGAAAAGCGAAGAGGUCAUGGCCGGGGAUAUGAAGUUUAACGCGGAGAUUGAGAAUUGGCCAUUUUGUAAUACUUGUCAGAAAGGAAAUCAGCAAUAUACUGGAAAGUACCUCGAUUUUUCGGUUGAAAUCAAGGGAAAGAAAUCGCCGAACGCCACAAGCGGUGGCAAGUACGAUCUUGGGGACGGAUUAUCAGUGCUGACACCAAAACAGGUGAUAUUUGACAACACGACUACUGAGGACAUGCCAAGUGGCUACCCAAAACUAGAAGUGAAAGGCUCUAAACAAACUUUCAUAUUCCGUUUCCGAAAAUUCGACAAGUCAGCACUUUAUGACCCAAUUGUCUCCGUAGGAAAUGAAGAUGGCGGUGACGAUGGUGGAGAUGACUCCGGCACUGACACAGAAACCGAUGUUGCAACAUCAGGAAUUUCUGCAAAAGUAUUGGGGAAAUCCGGAAAAAUCACUUUGGCACAGACUAAAGGGGAAGACAAGAAGAGUGUUACUAUAGAAUUUGAUAACCUCAAGGAGAAGAAGGACAACGGAGACGCCGUCAAAGAUUCCGGCCACUUAUUAAAUACAUUUGCGAAUCAGGACUUUACAUUCGAGGCUCCAGCAGACGACACAUAUCCGGGUACCAGUAUUUCGGUCAAACGAUUGACCUUCCAGUCAACUUUGAAUAACGGAGCGUCCCUUAAAAUUCAUAUUUAUAUCUUUAAACAAGCUGGCAACAUUACCCAGGAAAAUGAAACUGUGGCCGUUACAGAAGGAAAUGUCAAGUUCAAUAUUGAAAUAAUGAACUGGAAAUUCUGCGGUGGAGCAGUAUCCUGCCAGCAAAGCGAAGUAGGCAAAUACCUGGACAUUGAUAUUGUGAUGAAGGGUAAAAGUGGCAGCACCAAGAAAGACGAUACUGAUGCCAAAUACACCUUGGGCGACAGUGGAAGUGUGAUGCUGUCAAGAAAGAUUAAAGUAGAUGGUGCAAGCGAUCUUGUUGAUAUGGAACCUUCCUAUCCGAUGUUUAUGAAGCAGGGAAGCAAAGACAUCUUCCGGUUCCGGUUUCCCAAAUUCACAACCAGCGUUCUUUAUGAUCCAACUAUUUAUUUGGCUGUUUCUGACGACACAAGCAGCGCUGUUCAACAAACCGUGUCCGUUUUUAUGUUUGCAACGAUGGCCUUUUUUGUAUUUUUUGUUAUAAUUGAACCGAUUGAGGUAGAAAUGUUGUCCUUUUAAAUACAAAAAGCAAUAAGAAGUGAAACCACUUCGUCAAGAAAAAAGUGUGAUCUUGGUAUCAUGUUUAACUUCAACAUUCGUUCUCUUUGAUUAGAAACUAUAUUGGACACAAUAAUUCUAAAUCAUCUAAGCCAGGAGUAGUAUUAACAGAUAAAUUUAGGAAUUUACAGGACACAACUGAAUGAAUGCAUUAACAAUGUGAUCUAUUAGAUGAAAACAAAAAUUAAACCGAAAUAAUACGAACUUUCUUUUAAAACACAUUAUACUGUGAACAUUAAACUGUCGACUGGCGAAAUGUAUGCACAGAUGAUCAGUCACAACAAAGCGCAUGUUUUUAUUCUCUUACCUGUUUAUUUCCCUUUUCACACAACGCCAGUAAGUAUUUCAGCAUUACAUCCCUUUGUAUUUCUAUUUCGUCAACGAAACUAUGCGAUACAAUAAAACUCGUUUCGUCGUUUAGUGGUAUUCGUUAAUGAGCUAAUUUUUGUAUUUGAUACAAUAUUUGAGCCGUGCCAUGAUAAAACCAACAUAAUGGGUUUGCGACCAGCAUAGAUCCAGAUCAGUCUGCGCAUCCUCACAGUCUGAUCAGGAUCCAUGCUGUUCGCCUACCAACCCUAUUACAAGUAGAGAAACUGAGAGCGAACAACAUGGAUCCUGAUCAGACUGCGCAGAUGCGCAGGCUGGUCUUGAUCCAUGCUGGUCGCAAACGCAUUAUGUUGGUUUUGUCGUGACGCGGCUCAUUUUAUAAAUAAUGUUGAUGUUUUUUCUCCUUUUGCUAUAAGGGUGAAUGGUGAAAUUUGAUCUUUAUGUUAACUGUUAGAAAGGUGUAUUUCUGUUCGUUGUUCAAAUCUGUUUGUUGUUCAAAUAUCAUGUGUUCUUUAAAACGUUUUCUACAAGUUUUGCUUGAAGUUAUAAGCAUUUCAUUAGUAUAUGUACUUCAUUGACUCGGACAUAGGGAAUUGUCUAUGAAUCAUCUUAUAUUGCAAUUUCAUCUUACACUUCAUUCUAUUAUAUCUUAAUUAUUUUUACUCAACAAAGAUAUAUAAACUUAUCUGAAACAUUGUUUAAAGUGGAGUGGUCUACAAUGGACAUAAUUAUUUUCCAUAAGUAUUUUAAAUAUUAAUACAAACAAUAGCAAUGUAUUAUUAUAAUAUUUAUAUUUAUAUUGCUUGAAAAAAAGUUGAUUAUUUAGUAUGAACAUUUUAUGAUGAAUAAUAAAUUUUAUCGGAACAUUUUAUUUUCUACUAUGUAAAGAAACUUGUUAGAUCGGAUCACGAAUCGAACAUUUACCGACAACAUCCAUAUAUAAUUAUUUCGUUGUUUAAGUCUGAUACUAAAUACUAUCACAGUAAUUAUUUAUUGCAUUACAAACCUGCCAUUAUAGACCAAUUCACUUUAAAUAUAGAUUAAUGUUUACAAAUAAACAUUAAUAAAAUUAAGUAAGUAAAGAACGACGUAGCCAUUUGACCAAUUUAAUUUGGCAACUGCUUACUAAUGAACGCUUACCAAUUUAGUGUUUGGAAUUAUUUCAUAAACUGGCGUUUUACUAAACUGAUUGAACCGCCUACGUGGUCGAGGGGUUAGAGUCGAUGACUUCUAAUCCAGUUACCUCUCUGGCGUGGGUUCGAUCCCCGGGAGAUGCUUUGGUAGUUUAGCGCGGAGGAAGGUAAUCUAGUACUGGUGUAACUCUCCAGGAACGAUGGUUAGGAAACUACCCGCCUAUAUGA